CUCCAUAUGUCCACGGGCACUGCAAUCGGCGUUCCACUCGCGGUUUUGUGUGCCAUAGGAGGCAUCACAUUACUUCUGGCGUUUCUUUACAAGAAAGGGAAAUUAUCGUGCGGAACCUGUAGAAACUACGUGCGAAUUUGCAAACACACGAUGUCGAUCUCAAGUACUGGACAGUUUGCCAGUAACGAUGCAACAUUCUUCACGGACCCUCCCAGACCGAACCAAGAGAGACAACUCUUCAGUAUUGGCGAUCAAGAUGGCGGCGAUGAUGGCCGACCAAACUAUAAUUUGAGACGACGAUUACCAACCGAGGACGAGUUUUUCUACGACGAGGUCUUUGAGAAAUCAGCUUUGGUGGACGAGAGAACACAAAGGGCUAACAAACAGCUCGUGAGUGACGACGACUCUGAAAGAAUGUUGGACGAACUAGAAGUUCCAGAUCUUGAAUUUAAGAAACCUUCAAAAUGAUAAAUAGU